GAAUCCUAGCUUGGGUUGUAAGAUGUGUGAUCACCUCCAGCGAAUGAACAACAGUCUAACGGAGGCCUACAGUAACAAUCUAAAGGAAAAGGACCGACGAAUCUCUGAUCUCGAAAAUCAGCUGUUUGAAUAUACAAGAAAUGCUACUUCAGAGAAGCAGUGGGACACAAUAAACAACACCCCCAACAAAACUAGCAGGAAGCAGAAGUCCCAUCUUAACCAUAGUCUAAGGAGUGAGAGUCCCGACUCAACAAGCCGCAAUACUCCACACAAACCUGAAUUGAUCCCACAGAAAUCAGCAGGGGGGAUAACUGAUAGUAAACAGCAAGGGUCCAGCUCAGAGGAAGGGGAAACAACCUCCAAAGUCAGUCCUGGUAAUGACAAAGGUCCAAAACUACGACUCAAGUCUCGGAAACGGAACAGAUACACAGAGGAUCCUUCUCCGGAAAACAAACGUUUAAAACAGCAAUCCGGUGAGAAAUCAGUACACACGCCGAUCCAUAUCCUGGUGCCUGAGACCUGUGAUCCUGAUAUCCUCCCUGGGUAUCAGGAGGGGGAUCCAGAGAAUGCUGAGGGGAGUGAGGGGUUUUGUCACAAGGAAGAGAGGAUUCCAGACACAGAGGCUGUGGGGAAAGGAACGUCAAUGUCAGACAGCGAGUCUGAUACAGCCCAUGAGGUGACGGGAAAUCGUUACAGUCUCCGGAGCUCACUGUUCAGUCCGUCCUCCACGGAUUCAGACACUGUCAGAUCACCAAAGAAAAAGGACAAGGAAAGGAGCUCAAAAGACAGCUUGUCUAGCAGUGCUAAACAUGAUAGUGCAAACAAAUCUUCACUACCCACAGACAAGAAGGUAAAACCAUCAGAAGAAGUUAUAUCAUUAGGAGAGAAAGGGGAUGGGUAUAUUCAGUCCUCUCCAAUAUUCCAGAUGUACAGAUCUUCCAACUUGGAGUCCCCUGAUGUGAACAGGAAGGAAGCCUUUGUAGAGGAGGAUGCAGAGUCGCCAUUAUUGCUGAAGGUCGCGCGGAGUACAGAGAACCAGUCAAGUCCAGCACAGACAAGACUCUUCGAUGAGGACUGUAUCACAUCUCCUACUGCUAACAGUUCAUUUAAAAGUUUUAAAAAUCUGUCUCAAGGUAGACGAAAAGGGAAACUGAACCAAAGCAAAUUGAUAAGUUCUCAGGAAAGGAAAAAGAAAAUGGAUGCUGAUGAGGAUUGGCUGAAUGCUACAAAACCAGCAGCAAAGGAUUCCCCUACCCUGAGACAGAGCACGCUGAGUCAGGUCUUUAUGAACAUGCCUUCAAAGCCACAGCCAGAAAAGACUGAAAUGGAUGAUAUCCAAAAAGCCAUAGAACUGUCACUGAAAGAUGUUUCACAUAAUCAGGGAAGUAAGAGUUCUGAAACUUCUGAUGUGAAAAUAAUUGAGAAAGAAAAUCUGUCGCCCUUUAAAAGACCUUUAACUCCAAGGAAAUGUAAAAACAAUACACUAAGACAGAAUGGUCUAAAAGUCAAAAGGCGAAAUAAAAGGAGUCCAUCCAUUGACUGUGAUCCUGAUGAAACAGUUGCACCAGGAUCACUCAGUACUGGACCUUCAGAGGCGUCUCAAGGUCAGGUGUCCUUGCUACCCCCUCUUAAUGGCAGUGUUGAUCCUGGGGUACAGCUGUCCUUGUUAUGUGAUGACUCCCAGAGUUUGAAAUCUGAUGACCUACCAGACAUAGAUGUGAAUCCUGCAGGGGACAGUAGCCAUAUUGGAAACCUGACGGACUUUAGAAUUGAAGACUUGAGGAAGUCCACCAAUCCACUGACCUCCACCUGCAUUGAUGUGGAUGAUCCACAAGGAGGUGGAGAGGAGGAGUCCCAGUCCAUUCCCUGUAGUAUGAAGUUUGGGGGUGGCAGGAAAAGAUAUAUCAGGAUUCCCGAAAACUUCUCAGAAGAACAAGGGAGCAAUUUUCAAAAUUUAGAAGAGGAUGGCUUUAUUCCAGAUCAUGAAGACAGUUUUGAUAGAGUGCCCAGUAAGGAGCAGCCAAACUUUGCCCAUGUGGAUGUUGUCAGAAAGCAGGACGAGAGAAGAAAACUACCAGCUCACAAAUGUGACGAGUGCAGAGAGUACUAUGAGGGACUGGGUCUUUCUGAGGAGGAGAUACAGAAGAGAAUGCAGACCUGUUCCAGACACCGAGCUAAACAUGCCGCCCCCGGUACACCAGAACACUUCUGGGACAUCGGCAUGGAGGACACACUGGAAUGUGAGGAGAAAGGUUAUGUUCAAACAAAAGACCCGGAUAAAGAAAAGCCACGAUUCAGGAGAAAAAGACAACUGAACAAAAUGUUCUAGAGGAAGUUAAUACAGAAAUGAGGGGAAGAGUUAAAACAGGGAUAAAAGCAGCUGAUUGGAGCAAAACUCAGGGUUGAAUUAGCUAGUAUUUAACAGUAUGAAAUGUAUAUAUCACAUAUUUAUAUUAUUUAGUUUUGUUUAUAACAAUCCCUCAGGAUUUAAUUAAUUAAAAUAUAACUCUCAGGGAGAUCUUAAUAUUUUCACAUCCAUUUGACUAUGUUAUGUUAAACAUAUCAUAUAUAAAUGUUUGCUUUAAAAAUCAAUAAUCAACUGUUAAAUAUAUAUUUAUUGAAUUGUAGAUUAUAAUCGGUACCACAAACAUACAUACCGCACU